AUGGCUACUUCCACCUUCAGCUUAGGCCUGAGUGCGCGUGCCCCUAUUCUGCUGAAUCAAUUCGUCAAGCAACCAACAUAUGACGAUGUGAUUGUUGUCGUCUUGCUGCUUCUCGGCGGGCUCUUUUAUAUCAGCCAUGGUCGGUUGUGGGAUAAGCCGGAUCCUUACUAUUACAAAUGGUUUGAAAGACCACAAUCGUCGGAUCUCGGCUUGAUCAACACCAGUGCGAAUACUCGUAACAUUGCCGAAAAGCUCAAGGAAUCGAACAAGGAUGUCGUGGUGUUUUGGGGCUCUCAGUCGGGCACUGCCGAGGGGUUCGCACAUCGCCUAGCCCGAGACCUGAUGCAUCGACUUCGACUGGAAACUCUGGCAGCAGACUUGUCCGACUUCGAUCCCCAUACCGUGGCAAACAUCCAGCAGUCCCAGAUUGCAAUAUUUCUGCUUUCGACCUAUGGGGAGGGCGAUCCGAGUGACAACGCCACUGCCUUCGUCAACUGGCUCCGGUCGAACCCUGAGGUGACUCUUCAUAAUCUGAGAUUUGCAGCCUUUGGAUGUGGAAACAGCAACUAUAAAUAUUAUAACGCAGUCAUAGAUCAAGUCACUCACUCUCUCGAAAGCAUGGGAGCGAACAAGUUGCUAGAGACGGGAAAAGCAGAUGAUGCCAAAGGGACGACUGAGGAAGAUUUCGUGGAUUGGAAAGACACUCUGGUUACAGCCUUCUCCUCCCAGCUAGGGUUCUCUUCAGAGCCACAGUUAGAGUACAUCCCUUCGGUUCGUGUUGUUGAGGAUGACUCCACUGACGUUUCGGGGAUCCAUCUCGGAGAGCCAAGUUUAAGUUCGAUGGGUAAAAUCAACACAUCAUCAGGUCCAAUUUCGUCAAUUGUCCAGUUGCCAAUCACUGGUGUAAGGGACCUUGUCAAGAUUCCCACGAAUGCUCCGUCCUGCCUGCAUAUGGAGUUCGACCUUUCUCGGCAACCGAUGAUCAAGUACAAGACUGGUGAUCACAUGGCCAUUUUUCCGGUCAAUCCUGAUGCCGAAGUCUCAAUGUUACUCCGGCUCCUCAAGCUCGAGGCCAGAGAAAAUGUCCCUAUCAUGAUCACUCCUAUCGACCCCGACGAUAGCUCACUGAGGAUCCCAUCCCCGACUACCCCUCGUGCUCUUUUCCAACACUAUCUUGAGGUGUGUGGCCCUGUGUCUAGAGAGGUCGUCCGGGAUCUGGCUCAAUGGGCAUCAACUGAACGCGCUCGAUCAUUUCUUCUCGGUAUAGUGGCGGACAAAGCAACAUAUGCGGAUUUUGUGGCGCGGCAUCACCUUACACUCGGCCGUCUUCUACAGCACACUUUAUCCGUGGAUUGCAACGCUGACUGGUCUGGAUUGCCAUUGUCGUUCAUUGUCGACAAUCUGCGGCCAAUGACGCCUCGCUACUAUUCUAUCUCCAGCUCUUCGGUCACGUCACCUCGGCGUGUCAGUGUCACUGUUGCGGUAGAGUCCUCGCCGUUACCGCUGGACACCCAAACCACGAUUCCCGGACUGGCGAGGAGCUACCUGUCCUCUUUCCUGACUUUUUCCCCGCAGCCAGCCCUUGGGAUCCCGAAAUCAUCCCCGUCCCCAAGCAUCUAUGCUUUCAUCCGCCGCUCGGCCUUCAAAUUGCCAGCUUCACAGAGGACGCCGCUCAUACUUAUCGCCGCUGGGACAGGAAUCGCACCAUUCCGUGCAUUUGUACAGGAACGGGCCCGCCUCGCGGCGGCGACGAGAAGCAGUAGCCAUUCACCGGCAGAGAAACGUAAUAGUAGUGCUGGGCCCAUUCUUCUCUUCUUCGGCUGCCGUCACCCCGAGAGAAACUUGUUGUACCAAGACGAAUUCUUCGACUUGGAGAAUGAUGUUCUCAAAGGCAAGCUUACAAUUAUUCACGCAUUCUCCAGGCUAGAGGGGCAGAAAAAGAUGUACGUCCAAGAUCGCGUGGAGGAGAAAAUGGAAGAAGUCUCGAGACUGCUACUCGAGGAGGAUGCCAGCUUGUACGUAUGUGGGUCUGCGGCGAUGGCAAGAGAUGUGAGCAGUACCAUCUGCCAAGGCGUCAAGUUACGCAAAGGAUUUGAGGGCGAAGACGAAGUGAAGAAAUGGAGGGAGGAGAGAAAGAGAGCGAAGAAAUGGCAAGAGGAUGUAUGGGGAUAA